ACCAAGACGGUAUCACUGUGAGUGCUCUGCCUUCACUGUACUUUACUCCCUGGGCCUCUCAUUUCACAAAGAGAGAGAAUGGACUUCAUCAGUGUAUUCUUUUUCUUGGUGCAAGUUUCAAGUGCAUUCAGCCCCCGUACUGUGGUCGGUUGGCAUGGAGGCUCUGUCACUAUAAAGUGUCCCACGAAAAACCAGGACAUGAGAAAAUUCUGGUGCAAACAGAGCAAUGAAGGGGAUUGUACCACCAUCAUCUCCACUUCACCAUUCAUCCAUCACGAAUACAGACACCGAGUAUCCCUCACAAACUUGCCCAAGAAAGGGAUUUUUCAAAUAGAAAUGAGGAGACUGGAGGCGCUGGAUGCUGGGCUAUACAUGUGUGGGAUUGGAAGGAUAAACAACAGACCCAGCUCGUGGACCCUCCAAGUGGACCUGAAAGUUUUUGACGGGAAAGCUCUGUUUGGCCCGGGCCUGGUGCAUGCUGAAUCCCCAAGGCAUGACACCCCCCGUGUGAUAAGUGUUGUCCAGAUGCUACCAAGGAGACAUCCAAGCCAAACUCCUGCCACUCAAGCCACCAAGCCAGCCCAAAUCACUGCGCAAAGAAAGGCAACAUCUAUUUCGCCCGUGGCGUCAAGCCCCAGCUCCACUACAGGCACCACGAGCACGCCUGCAAGAGUCAUAAGCAGCACUCCUGCCUAUGAAGCAACUGGGAGCAUGACCCAGGGAGUCACGGAGGGUCCCAGGACAAACAACUUUGCCCGCCGCCACUAUCCUAAAAGCCCUGUGACGCGCAAACGGAAAGAUAACCCUUAUAUCCUGAUAAGCAUUAUCCUGGUAAUUCCAGUGCUAAUGGCUUCUGUGUUAAUGAUGAGGAAACUACUACGAUGGAAGAAAGCAGUUUCCAACGGGACCCGUGAAAUAAGCCAGAGGCUGAGUGUGCUCGAACGUCUCCAAGGACAGGGUCCAGCAGAGAAUAUCUACAGUGCAUGUCCCCGGCUGCCUCGACAGAACAGUCUCCAUGUGCCUGGUGAAUUGAAUCAGCAGAGAGUUGACUCAGGAGAGCUGUAUACCCUAUUAUGGACAUGUGAAGCGCUCCCCAGUCAUCAACCCAAUAGAAGCAUCAGCCAUCAAACCAACACACACUGCCUGGAAGUUAUUUCUUAGUUUUUUCCUUAGAUCUCGCUCAAAGUCAGUAUACUGACGGAUACCAAAACCGGCAAGUUCUAGUGCAUAGGUAGAGGCAACAUUUUCUUCUAAACAUUUGUUCAGUGCACGUGAAGUUUUCCCCUAUGCAGGCAGCCAAUGUAGGAGCUCAUGUUCCUUAUACUCGUGUAACUCCAUUGACUUCAGUGAAGUUUUGGAUUAUUGGUAGAUUUAUUUGAGAGAGAUUAGAUUCAGGCCCUAGCCAACUAUCACAGCCCUGGAGUAUGUCCCUCUUGAACCAUGGAGAAAACUUUUGUUGCCACUGUCCAAACAGCAGAUACACCCCACAGGCUGCUUUCCAGAGGCUCUCAUGUGGUAUUUAGCUCUCCCUUUCAUGAUUUUUGGUUUUAGCCCA